UUGAAUCAGUUCGCACUGCUGUUAGGUUUGUAAGGUCUUCUCCACAAAGAGCUAUGAAGUUUAAGGAGUGUGUUGAACUUGCGGGCAUAACUUGUAAAAAAAAACUUUGUCUUGAUGUUUCUACAAGGUGGAAUUCCACUUACCUAAUGUUGGAUGCUGCUGAAAAGUUUGAAGCUGCAUUUGACAAUAUGAUUGAUGAGGAUCCUGGAUACAUCGAAUAUUUUGACCUCCUUACCGGUCCACCCGGUUCUCAGGAUUGGAAAAAAGUUAGGGCUUUUGUGGUUUUCUUACAAACCUUCUAUGAGGCAACCAAAGUGUUUUCAACUUCGCAAGAAGUGUCCUUGCAUUUAGCUUUUCAUAACUUGUCUUCAAUUUUGUGUGAGCUUCAAGAAGCUUCAUUUAACUUGAAUUCUUAUGUGGCUCCAAUGAUUUCACAUAUGAAGGUUAAAUAUGAUAAGUAUUGGGGGGAUGUGGGAAAAGUGAAUCAUUUUCUUUACUAUGGAGUGAUCUUUGAUCCUAGGUUUAAGUUUAACUAUAUUGAGUGGUCUUUUAAUGAUAUGUAUGGGCAUUCUAGUGACCUUGCCAAGAAAAAUAUUGAAUGUGUCAAAACUAGUUUGUUUAAACUAUAUAAUUGGCAUAAAUCUGAUCAUGAUAAGAAUGUUGGGGCUAGUCCUUUAAGUGCACCAGGGAGCACUUCCCUUGGAGAAGCAUCUUCCCAACCAAAAGAACCAUCACCUUUUACAAGGGCUAAUGCUUUUAAGAAACAUCUGAAGGAAAAAGACACAAUUGAAAAUGAAAAUGAACUAGAGAAGUACUUAGGUGACCCUUGUUGCGGGGAGGGGGAAAAUUUUAGUAUUCUUAAUUGGUGGAAGGAAAAUUGCACCCGUUAUCCUAUAUUAGCAACCUUGGUUCGGGAUGUGUUGGCAACACCUGUUUCUAGUGUAGCCUCAGAAAGUGCUUUUAGCACGGGGGGGAGGAUUUUAGAUAUCUAUAGGAGCUCUUUGAGUCCAGAUAUGGUCGAAGCGCUUAUAUGUACUCAAAACUGGUUGAAGCCUUCUGACAAUGAUCUAAAUGUCCUUAAUAUGACUGAAGAAUAUGAGAUUAGUGAAUCAAUUGUUUCAGAGUUUCAAGUAGCUACUGGUGGAGCAGCUGCUCCUACACAGGCUGGGCCUGUUUAAUUCUCGCCUAGCUGUGAAUUUUUGAAUAUUUUGGAGUCACUUUGUGAUUCAAUAAGACAAGCCUUUCUUUUUUGGAGUCAUUUUUUGAAACUAAGGAUGGAACCGUUUCAGUAGCUACUGCGUUUGCUGGUCAUCAGGAAGGUAAUGCCUCUGCAUAUUGGGCUCGU